AUCGGGGUCCGGAGAGAACCUCCUAUCCAGCCGAGCGGUGCCUGUCUCGAGAUUAUUGCGGAAAUGGGCUGGGCAAAGUGUUUGUCGUACCGUUGGGCUUGGAAAAAAAGAUGGCGAGGGCCGGAUGGAGCCAGUGCUUCCACGUCUUCUGGGCCCGCGGUGGGGAAUCAUGCGACGUUACAGGUACGGCGGUAACAGUACAGGCUGCAGGGAAAAUAGAAGCAAAAUCGAUCACAGCAGAAGCGCAGUUGUGUACGCCCGCGAUUGCGCUGUCAGCAAAUCAGCAAGAAUUGGAAGGGAACUCGAAGCAGGCGUAGCAGCAAGGAAAUGCGCCACAGGCCCGAAGGUUCCUUCCCGCUGCUUUACUUCGCAAGACACCUCAGCAACGCUGUGGCGAAGAGUGCAAACGCAGGGGAUGCGACAGCUCGAGGAACGGCGAGGAGUUGCGUCCAGUCUGACGGCGGGAUCCCGUCGGCUUGGAGCCAAGGAACCGGCCAACCACAGCUGGGCUGUAGAUUUGGGAUUUGCGAACGUGUGGUGUCGCUGUACACUACUGUAUGCAGUGUGUGUCUUGGAUCAAGGAGAGAUCUCGGUCCGCAUGGCAUGCCGGCUUUUUGUUGGCUCGUCGGGCUUGCUUUUAGCUCGCCCUUGCGGGCGAAGUGCUGACCCGGCAGGCCAACCAGUGUGCCUGGAUCCCGAGGAGGCUGGCUGCCUGGCGUGGUGCAGCCCAUGCGAUGUCUUCCCAGAUUAGUCGCUCCAAAUGCAGGUUCGGCGGCACAGGCGAUGAAUCAGCCGCAAAAGUUGCUGUGGAAUGUGUCUGUUCUGUUGUUCGCAAGCUUUUGUGCAGGGCCACCGACGAAAAUCUGUGCGACGGUUGGGUUUAAGAGCUGCUAAAGCUGUUCAAGUAGCGUUGGAUAGCCAUUGAAUGCUCGACGGGAGGUUAUCGGCGGGGCUUCCAUCUGAUUCAGGCGCACCUCUCGCUCGAUGCUCGAUGAUCGAUGACUCGACCUCGAGUGAACAAGGAACUUUACAAGAGCUGCCGACGGAAGGCGGGGCGCUGGCAAGGUU